CCGCCGGAGCCCCGGAUGGUGCGUGUGAGGGCCCACGAGCUAGUGGAGCGCGCCGCGCCGCUCCUGACAGACUGACAGACUCCCCCCUCCCCCUGAAGCCCCCUGGUUUUGCUGACUUAAAAGGAAAAAGAAGAGGAGCUUUCUAAUUCAAGGGCAGAGGAUUUGGCUAGUUGAAGUAGUCUUCCUUCAUAAUCUGAUCAGGUGCUACUGCAGCAGCUGGUCUAAAUAAUGAUAUCUCAGUGAUGCACCAUGCCAAUUGUUGAUAAGUUAAAGGAAGCUUUGAAACCUGGUCGGAAGGAUUCAACAGAUGAUGGCGAUCUGGGGAAGCUUUUGGCUUCUUCUGCAAAAAAAGUCCUUCUACAGAAGAUAGAGUUUGAGCCUGCAAGCAAGAGUUUCUCUUACCAGUUGGAGUCCCUAAAGAGCAAAUAUGUGCUGUUGAAUCCCAAAACAGAGGGUUCUAGUCGCCACAGAAAUUGUGAGGAGACACAGAUCAGGAGACAGGGCAGUGAUCAUGGGUUUGAAAACUGUAGCGAUGGCAUUCCUGCCCCACAGAAAGUUCUCUUCCCUAUGGAUAGGUUAUCUUUGAAAUGGGAGCGAAUUUACCGAGUUGGAGCAGGUCUCCAUAAUCUAGGUAACACCUGCUUCUUGAACUCCACCAUACAGUGUUUGACCUACACACCCCCUCUAGCCAACUACUUGCUGUCCAAGGAACACACUCGGAACUGUCACCAAGGAGGUUUUUGUAUGCUCUGUGUUAUGCAGAAUCACAUGAUUCAAGCCUUUGCGAAUAGUGGUAAUGCUAUCAAGCCAGUCUCCUUUAUCCGAGACUUGAAAAAAAUUGCUCGGCACUUCCGCUUUGGAAACCAGGAAGAUGCACAUGAAUUUCUUCGGUACAUUAUUGAUGCUAUGCAAAAGGCCUGCUUGAAUGGCUAUACAAAAUUAGAUCGUCAGACACAGGCAACUACUUUGGUCCAUCAGAUUUUUGGAGGUUAUCUCAGAUCUCGUGUUAAAUGUUCAGUAUGUAAGAGCGUCUCUGAUACCUAUGACCCCUAUUUGGAUGUUGCACUGGAGAUCAGGCAAGCUGCAAAUAUUGUACGCGCCUUGGAGCUAUUUGUAAAACCAGAUGUCUUGAGUGGAGAAAAUGCUUACAUGUGUGCAAAAUGCAAGAAAAAAGUGCCAGCCAGUAAGCGCUUCACAAUUCAUAGGACAUCCAAUGUCUUAACUCUUUCCCUAAAGCGCUUUGCAAAUUUCAGUGGGGGUAAGAUCACCAAGGAUGUAGGAUAUCCAGAAUUUCUCAAUAUACGACCAUACAUGUCACAAAGUAAUGGUGACCCUAUCAUGUAUGGAUUAUAUGCUGUACUUGUCCAUUCAGGUUAUAGCUGCCAUGCUGGACAUUAUUACUGUUAUGUGAAGGCUAGCAAUGGGCAGUGGUACCAAAUGAAUGAUUCUUUGGUCCAUUCUAGUAAUAUCAAAGUAGUCCUCAACCAGCAAGCUUAUGUUUUGUUCUAUCUCAGAAUUCCAGGUUCUAAGAAAAGUCCUGAGGGUCCCAUUGCAAAAACUGCCUCUGUCCUUCCUAGCCGAGCAAACAGUGUGGUUCCUGAACACAUCAAGAAAAAUAUUAGUAAUGGUGUUGUCUCCUCACCACUAAUUGGAAAGAAAUUGGACUUGGUAUCAAUGAAAAAACAGCAUACAGCAGAAGAAAAUGGUGUCCCAGUUUCCAGAAAUAGCUUUAUGAUAGGGUCUAAAUCACAGAAUGGAAAUGUUCAACUAAAGCUGCCCUUGGGGUCCCUGUCCCCAAAACUUUCAGCAAAGCCCAUUCAUGGACCCGUCAUACUGGAUAAACUGGGGAAAAAAGUCAAGAAGCCUCUCUCCCUGCAACACCUUUCUCCAUCACUAAAAGUAUCUCACGGGUUAAAUGGCACCAGCAGCUUAAGUAGCACUAAACUUGAGAGCCGUAGACAAGGCUCAUGGGAGAACAAGAAUGCUAUGCUAGCUACCUCACCUAAGCUCCUGCCUGAAGUGACUGUCAAUGGCCAUGGGCCAAAGGGUAAUGGUGAGUGUUCAGAUCCCAAGAGGAAGGAUUCCAUCAGUUCCAGCCCUGAGUAUUCUGCCAGUAGUGAGACAGCCAGGGGGCCCGAGACCCCGAAGAAUGGAGUUGGCUGUUUCUAUACUUCUCAGGAAACAGACUAUUCUGCUGGUGAGCGUACCAAAGAGCCACCUGGUGGAGAGGAUUCUAAGAUGGUGAAGUUAAAGUCCCCUGUUCUGACCAAUACUGCCACUGAGCCUACAAGCAUCAUGUCCCCCCCACCAGCCAAAAAACUGGCCCUUUCUUCCAAGAAGGCCAGCACCCUACGGAGGGCGACCGGCAAUGACCUCCAUUCACCUCCCCAUUCAUCAUUCGCUGACCACACCUACCCCACGAAAAUCACCCACCCUGCCUCCGCCUCUUCUUGGCCUGUCAGUAAAAUCAGGGCUGUUUCACCUCCCAAAUCAUCAAGUCCUUUGAAGUCUUCCUUCAAUUCCUAUUCAAUCAAAGCUUCACCACUCCUGUCCAGCUUUAGGCCUUCAGGGAUGACCGAACCACAUAGCUGCUCCUUUGCCUCUAAUCCCCUGCCUCAGGUAAAUGGGGACAACAUGUCCUCUUCUCACCAGCAGCAGGGGACCAGUAAUAUCCCUCAAAGCUUCUCCAAAAAGAGAAGGAAAAAGCAUGUAAGUGAAGAUAGAUCAUACAGAAAUCCAGAAGAAGAAAUCUCACAGGGAAAUGGAGAGGCAGCAGCUGACCUUUCUCAUGUAAAGAAAAAGAAGAAGAGGAAGCAUACAGAAGAAAAUCAUAGAUCUUGGACAGAAGUUGCUACAUCUCUUACACAGGAAGAACAAAUACAGAGAUCAAUUUGGAAUAGAGGGUUAGGAAGGAAAUAUGGGUUAGAUGUGACUGUUGAUAGGGUGGAGGAAGAGAAAAAUCAAGAGAUGAAUGGGAGUCACAUAGGAGUUGUGACUGAUGCCCAUUUUUGCAAAAAGAAAAAGGAGAAAAAAAGAAAGAGAAUGGAAGAAUGUAAUGAGGAACAUUUUCACUAUCAGAAAUCAUCUUUGGACAGGGAUGAGCCAGAGUCUGUUAUAGAGUCUCCAAGGAAAAAGAAAAAAAAGAAAAGAAAGCAAAAUUCAGAACAGGAAGUAGAAGAGAACGAGCACCAAAAACACCAGAGAAAGGACUGCCAAAGUGAUCACAAGGUCAUCCUUAAAGAAAACAGUGUUUGCAAGGACAGCAAUCAGUCUCCAGUUGUGAAUGGCCAGCAUCCUGGAAAUAUUGCUUCAUAUUUGUUUUUGGAGAAGAAACAGGCUCCUUUUCAGCUCUGGAAUAAAGAGAAAGAAUCUAAUGUAGUCCAGGAAUUGCUCAAGUAUUCAUCUGAUAAAGCUUAUGGGAAAAAAGUUUUGACUUGGGAUGGCGAGGUGUCAGCCAUCAGCCAGGAUGCUAUUCAGUAUAGUAGACUGGCCCAGAAUGAGACAGUGAUUGAUGAUUGGGACAAAGAAUUUGAUUCUGGGAAGGAAAAGAAAAUAAAGAAGUUUAAACGAGAGAAGAAAAGAAACUUCAAUGCCUUCCAGAAACUUCAGAGCAGGCGGAACUUUUGGUCUGUAACCCAUCCAGCUAAAGUUACAAGCCUCAGCUACCGCCGCUGAACCCUGCUACUACUAAGAAAGCUUCCAGGAAAAAAAGCAUCACUCUGUGAGCUGUAGCUGCCUGUCUGUUGGAUCUAAAGAACAGAUGUUGUGGACCUUAAAUAACCCUGCUAUUCCAAGAGUAUUUAUAUUGUGAGCUUACGUUGGCAGGAGAAGUCUCCCUCCACUGCUUUACAGAUCAUCCUGGAAUAGAGUCUUAUGGACCAUUAUUUUACAAAAAGGAAAGAUUUUUAAGGCUUAAAGUUUGGUGACUUCAAAAAUGGAUUGUAGAAAAAUUCAGAGUCUGAUAGUACUACAGAAAUGACAGUUUAGUGGGCUCAGGGUGUGAACUGAACUGAAUGUAGUUUAAGUGAAUGUAAGACAGAGAUUCUUCCACAGCAAAAGAAAUGUUGAAUCCAGCCAAAGAAGAUCUAGAUACUGGUGUGUACAAAAUAUGCAAGAUGAAGGGACGGAUCAGGUAGUUUCAUGAAAACUAGCAUCUCCUCCCAUUGUAUCCUAAAGGAAACCUAAUGUCAGGAACUUUAAGGAGGGGACACACCUGAAAUUUGGUAACUUUCGUGGUGAAAAAUCAUCUGUACUAAAACUGCUGGCAUUUUUAUAUGCUUCUGCUCACUGUCUUUAUUUUUGGUUGUGGAGCUGGCAUUUCUCUGAACCUGAGUGAUUGGUCUGUGCCUCUCCUGUCCAUCUUGAUGCAGUAAGCAGGACUACUGCAGUAUUUCUCCUUUGAAAUGGAGGCUUCAGUUAAUAUUUCUCUUUUUCCUUGAAAAUUGCUGCUAUUGAUAUCUUUAUAGAGUAAAAAGCUGAUUUUCUGUAAUCUGAGCUUGUAAUGAGCUGGAAUUAUCUGCCCUUUGCUUCUAAGGAUGCUAUUUUUCUUGCUCCAAUGUGACUGUGAUGUAGUUUACCUUACAGCUGCAAUGACCCAUUGAGGUGGUGGUCUUGGGGGUGAAAUUCUUCUCUUUUACUUUCAUAUUUGGUAGAAGAAAAUGUACUUAUUACCAGGCCAGUGGUUAACCUAUGUUCCUUUUGCCCUUUUUUUUGUAGUACACACCCAUUUUGAUACUCUUUAUAGACGACCUUGGUUUAGAUGAUACCCAAUAUUAUUUACUGUGCCUUUAACAUUAACAGUUUGAGAAGUAUGGAAAAUUCACUUUAUCUGGCAUUUUAAGAAAACUUCCAUUAUAGGAAGGAAGAGGAAAGGUGAUAGAAAUUUCACAUUGAGUAUCAAAUGGAAAAUUUCCAUGUGGCUUAAAUUCAUUCCAACAAGUGAUUCUUUUGCAUGGGACCUAUUGUUAUUUAUGUUUGUGCCACUUUCUUCUUAAAUUAACUUUGCAUUACACUCUGCUAUUACCUUUGUUGGUGUUUUAAUGUUGAAUGUGUGGAUAGAAACUGCUUUGGAGAAAUUAACAGCAUUGUCUAGACCUUUAUUUUUUUAAUGGGCUCAUUCAUUCAACAAUCAUUUAUUAAGCAGCUACUAUUUGCAGAACACUGUUUGAGAAUAACAAUACAUAUAGUAUAUUCUCAUCAGCUAUUUCAGGUCUUGAGAAAACAGAAUUGUAGGGUUUGCUAAUGCUAAUUAGAGAAUUUUUUGCUCUUCUCUCAAGAGUGCUUAUUUCUGAAUAUUGAUUUAUACUUCAUUCUUAUGAAAAGAAGACACAGUCAUCAGUGUUCUGUAGCUUAAUUAUCUAUUGCCAUGAUGGAGAAGAAGCAGCAGCUUUUUUUUUCAGCAAUCACUUCUUCUUUAUGUUGAAAUUUACUUCUUUACAGAAUAUCUCAAGCUAUUUCCCUCUAAUGUCCUAUAGUUGAAAAAGAAAAUUUGAGUAUUCUACUGGCAUAGUAUCCUCUUUAUUUUUUUCUCCUUUAUCUCAUUCUCUACUCCUAAACCCCCUCAUUUUUCCCUUCCAUAUUAUAAUUAUGACAUCUUUUCCCCAUACAGUCUUUGAAUAUAUAUAUGUGUGUGUAUAUAUAUGUGUAUACACACACACACACACACACACACACACAUACAUAUAUAUGACUUUCCAAAGCAUUUUAUCAUUGUCCAAAUGUAGACUAGCCAUUUCCUUUUAUAAAACAUGAUUAAACAAAUUGGGAGAGGGAAGGGAUAGUGCCCAGAAAUAAUUUCAUAUACAAACUCUAGGAUGACAUGUACAUAUAUACAUAUCUAUAAAUAUACAUACAAACAUAUAUACAUAUAUAUAUUAAAACUUUUAUAAUAGCAGUCAUUCAACUGACUUAGAAUGUGGAUUUUAUUUAACUUUGCAUUUAAGAGAUGAGUUGGAAUAGUGUAAGAUCUGUACUGUAAAGACUAUCCUCUUUGAGUGAUCAAGUAUAAUAUCACUCAAAAUGAAUUACCAUUGAUCAGCUUGUUUUAUUAACCUGGACUCCAUUUUGACAAUUUUUAAAGUCUUAUAUUUAAUGGUUGUAUAUUCUCUCUAAUGUAUGUGUGUGGAUAGAAAUGUCAUCUUGUAUUUUGCACCUCCUGCUGAAGGGUGCUCGGUAGCCUCAGAUAUUGCCAAGAUCAUGGUGCAAUAAAAUAAUGAAUUUUUGUGAGUUU